ACAAGAUGUUGCACCAAUAAAUACACACAUGUCAUUCCACACAUUCCCCACAAUCCCCUGUUUCUUUCUGCAAAAACCAACCCACCAAUGGCAGCUCGAACUUUCCCGGAUAUGCCGACACCAUCGUCUCUGCUAUCGGCGUAUGCCUCCAUGUCAACCUCGAUCAUGCUCUUCCGAACAAUGUUCGACCAGCUCUUCCCUAGAGAGCUCCGGCGAUACAUCAUCGACACCUUCCGCUUCUACUGGAAACCAAAAUCUUCCAAACUCACCCUCGUCUUCGAGGAGAAAGACGGCAUCACCUCAAACCAGAUGUAUGAUGCCGUCGAAGCCUUCCUCUGUUCCAGAAUCAACCCCGAGUCCGAACGCCUCCGGAUCACAAAAUCCGCUAAAGAAAACCACAUCAAUGUAAAGUUUGCGGACUCAGAGACGAUAACGGACUCGUACGAAGGAGUUCCGGUGACAUGGACAUACGUCCGUCAGCAGCAACAGAACAGGCGUGGCGGAGGAGGCGGUGGUGACGGCAGCGACUUCGAUUACCACGGCCACAACGUCUGGGCCGCGGAGAGAAAAUAUAUCGAGCUGAAAUUCGAGAAAAAGUAUAAAGAAAUGAUAAUAAGUUGUUACUUGCCAUGGAUAUUACAAAGAUCCAAAGAACUCCAAAACCAGAAAAAAGUGGUGAAGCUUUAUAACCUGCAAUCGUCGGCGUACGGGGGCGGACCAGGCGGGUACAUAGAAUCGGUGAAUCUGGACCAUCCGUCGACGUUUGAGACGUUGGCGAUGGAUCCGAAGAUGAAGAAGGCGAUUGUUGAUGAUUUGGAUUUGUUUGUGAAGAGGAAGGAGCUUUAUAAAAGAGUGGGGAAAGUGUGGAAGAGAGGGUACUUGUUGUAUGGUCCGCCUGGGACCGGGAAGUCGAGUUUGAUAGCUGCUAUAGCUAAUUACAUGAAGUUUGAUGUUUACGACUUGCAGUUGUCGUGUGUUGGAAGUGAUUCGAGUUUGAAGAACUUGUUGUUGAGAACAUCGAACCGGUCGAUUUUGGUGAUUGAAGAUAUUGAUUGUAGCCUUCAGUUGCCGGACCGAAAGGCGCCGAUUGUGUCUAAGUUUUCGGAAGUUAUGUCUAAGUUUCCGGAAGUUAAAACCACUCGUGAUCCCAUGUUUUCUCUAUCUGGGCUUUUGAAUUUCAUAGAUGGGUUAUGGUCGAGUUGUGGCGACGAACGAAUUAUAAUAUUCACGACAAACCACAAGGAACGACUAGACUCAGCAUUGCUUCGACCAGGGCGGAUGGAUGUGCACAUUCACAUGUCUUACUUGACGGUUGAUGGGUUCGACACGCUAGCUGCUAACUACCUCAAUAUCCAUGACGGCCAAGAUUGGCGAUUUAGGGAAAUCAAAGAGCUUAUCAAAUGCAAGAAUGUUACACCAGCGGAGGUGGCCGAGGAACUCCUGAAAUCGGACGAUGUGGAUGUUGUGUUGGAAGGGCUUGUGAAGUUUUUGAAACGUAAGAAGAUAGAAGAAGAGGAAAGUAAAGAUGGGGUCGAUGAUGAUGAUGAAGAAAAUGAAGUCCGUGAAGCUAAAAAGGUUAAAAUUAUAUCAUGAUUUAAGAAUUGAAGGCUUUUAGAUGUUUUCUUCUUCUAGUUGAAAGGUUGUUUGGUUACAUUUUAAGUUUUUGUUUCCUUUAUUACUCCUUUUUGUUAAAGGUUUUACUUCAGGAAGAAUUUUAUGUUGCACUUGGACAACCAAUUAUCGGAAUUUGAAUGAAAUAUAUUAAAACUAAGUGACCUUGACUUCA